UCAUGCUUGCCUGGGCUGGCUGGGUAUGCUGGCGGUAGUACGUGUGUGUUGGGGGGGGGGGGGAUUUCCUGCAUGUGGCGCAGCGACAUGACGAUUUGCUUGAGGGACGAUGGGUUUCGCUCGCCAGGUGAAUUUCAUGGCGCCAAACUGUCGGGCGAAACUUGCUGGCGAAAUUCCGAGUUUCCUUUAGAGAACAGCGACCACAACGGCCGGAUGCAUACUGCCCAUUGGGCCAAUGUCGAAGCGCCUCUUCGUGCGACUCGCUGGGCCUAAUGUGGCCACUCGCACUCACGUCGGUCCCAGAUGGCAAGCAUGGGAACAGGUCACGGCUGUGUCGCUUUAUACAGCGUAUAAAAUGCACCUGGCCAAGAGUUUCUCCUUCAUUCAUGCUACACUCCUAGUACCUUGAGUCUGCCUAAAUGACACUCCUAGAUCAGACCGUACUCGAUCUUCAAACACCAGAUGCUCUUGUCGCUUCCGUUCCCUGUCGUCCCGAUUUCGCAAUGCCCAGCCGCCAUGCGAGUCACGACCGAGUGCAGCAGCUCUGCUCGAGAGUUACAAACGCCUCCUCUGCUUCAGGUCCAGAUCUCAACGGCUCCUUUCCCCAGGACCCUUCAGAUCACAGUGCUUUCUCUCUCCAAGACCGUCAAGAUCCUAACGGUUUUGACGGUUUGGGAUGUUUCGCCGUCUCCCUGCCGACGGAAAACGUGUUCGCGACUAGCCUACCCCCCGACGGCUGUCUGCUAGAGCUGACGGCUAGGGGGUUGGAAGACAUUCUCGCGACUCGGCUUUCGGCAGCUGACCUGGCGGUGACGUCAAAUUCUAUUCCUGGUCCAUCCGUUCGAAGCGCGAGUGAGGAUCUUGCCGCUGGCGUUGCUGCUGACGUGGCAAAAAAGCCGGCCAACAAGGAUCUCGCCAGUGUGUCAGAUCCCGACAGCGAUUGGAUCUUGCGGUCACGUGACUGGCUGCUUGAAUCGCGGGACUCGCUAUUGGAACGCAAAUACGAGGUCACGGCAUUUACCACCCGCGAAGGCUUGGACCUCUGGUCCCUCGCCGCGCAAUGCGCCAACCCUUACGAGCUCCUCGCUGACGUGGCAUCGUUGAACCCCAUAACAGGAUCAAACAACCCGCCCGCCUCCUUUCCUUCGCCCUCCCCCAUCGGCGCUCUUCCCCAGCACCCCACCUCUCCGCCAACCAUCACCGCUUCCGCCUUACCUUCCGCUUCCGCCUUUAGCUCUUCCCCGCAAGCCUUUACAGCUUCCCCCGCCCCCUCCGCCGCCGCGCGCCCCAUCAGCCGUGCGUUUUUCAAGAUGGUCGAGAUGACGCGGCUCUUCCGCCUACUGGGGGGCGGAAAGGGCGGAAGCGCCCGCUUUCUGGAGGGGGAAAACGGGGGAAGCGCUUCCCCCGAUUCCCGUCCGCGCACGUUUGUUUCCGCGCAUCUGUGUGAGGGGCCAGGGGGGUUUAUCCAAGCGGUGCAGCUGCUGCUGGCGGAACAGGCGCGGGGGAAGGGAGAAGGAGUGGCGGAAGGCGGAAGGGGAGGGGGAUGGGGAGGGGGAUGGGGAGGGGAACUGCAUGGGGAGGGGGGGAGGAACGGCGGAGUGGAAGGGGGACGGGGAGAAGACAUGGCUUCUUCGCAGCAGCACUUGUGGUUCGGAAUCACUCUCCAAGGCAAGGCUGCUGUUGGCUUGGCUGGAGGUUCGGUUGCAGGUUCGGGUGUUGGUGUGGGCUCGGGAGUAGGUGUGGAUUUGGGUGUGGGUUCCAGUGUGGGUGUAGGUGAGGAUGGGCGCAGAGCGGUAAUGCAAGGGCAUGGGGGGAGGGGAACAGUCUACUAUGGGAGGGGACAAGGGGGGGGGAGAGGGGGGAGAGGGGGGAGAGGAGAGGGGGGAAGAGGAGGAGGAAGAGGAGGAGAGGGAAGAGGAGGAGGUGGACAAUGUGGGGGGGCAGGAGAAUGGGGAGGGGGAGCGAAGUGUGUGAGGGGGGGAGAGCAGGCGGAGAGCGGGAGUGGCAGGGGGCCCCCGAGGUCACAGGCGAUCCCAGUGCCUGCCGCCAGCAAGGGGCGCAGAGGCGGUGGGAGGAGCGGCAGCAGCAGCCCUAGCAGCAGCAGGAGCAGCGGCAGCUGGGGCAGCAAUGGUAGUGGUGGUGGGGGUAUCGGCAGCGGGGGCAGCAGCGGGAGCAGCGGUGGUGUGUGGAGGGAGCAGCCGCUGCAUCGGAAACUGCAGCAGCAGCAGCAGCAGGGAGGGUUGCAGGGAGGGUUGCAGGGAGGGUUGCAGGGAGGUAAGGUAUGCAAAGGGAAGAAGAAGGGGAAGCAGAAGCGGCCAAAGCAGAAGCAAAUUACAGGCGAGGUGCAGCGCUCGCCUCUGCGGCCCGUGAACCAGCAGCCCCCUCUGCUGCAUGUGGACCAGCACCCCCCUGUGCGGCCUUUGGACCAGCACCCUCCUCACCUACCACUGCUGCCUGUGCUGCUCGCUGCCGUUGCUCCCAGCAGCAGCAUCCACUCGCCUUGCCCUGCGCCCUCUGCCUCUGCUGGCCGUGCGCCUGACUUCGUGCUCGGACUGCUGGGGAGGCAGGGGGACGGUCAGGGAGGGGCGAGUGUGGAUGGAGGGAGGGAGCAGCAGUAUAAAAGUGGCGCAGGCAUUCUGGGGAAGUUUGGUGGACAGCACUACAAUGGUGGGCUCAAGAAUCGCGCUGGUGGUGAUGGUAAUGCUGCUGCUGCUGCUGCUGCUGCUGCUGCUGCUGCUGAGAAGUUUGGGCAGCACUCCAGGGAAGGGGAGACCGGGAAGGAAGGGGGCAACAGUGCCGUUGUUGGCUCAGACAAGGAGAAGGAGCAAAGGGACAUGGAGCGCUGUGCCCUUUGCCAGCCUACGCACUCCUGUGACUCGUUACAGUCACCCCCACUAGAGCCACACCUCGAGGUGCCUCUCAACACAGUCACAUCCCAUUUGCCAGCUAGCACUCCCAACUCAGGCGACUCACAUUCACACUCAGUAGUAUCAUCCCCCAUCAGCUUCCAGUCAGCUUCCUUCCUCUCCCAUGGCCACGUGCUAUAUGGGUUGGACGGCACAGGCGACCUGACACGUCACGCCAACGUGACAGCCUUUGCUGCUGACGUCAUCAGAGGCAGCCACGUGGACUGCCAGGCCGGCAGAGCUGGGAAGAGAGGGGCAGCAAUGGGUGCGGAGGGGCGAGAAGAGGCGCUGCUGGGUAGCAAGGAAGGCGCGUUUGAAGCAGGAGUGCGUGAAAAUGGCUUGAGUGAGGGAGGUGCAACCACUGGUCUCGGUGGGAUGGGAGGAGCAGGGGCGAUUGAGGGAGGGAGAGGGGACAAGGGGGAGGGGGAGGAGGGGGGAGGGGCGGAGCUGGUGACAGCGGAUGGUGGGCUGGACAGCUCGGUAGACUGGGACAGACAGGAGGCCAUGCACUCACGCCUUGUCUUCUACCAAGCCUUGGCGGCUCUCAAGCUGCUGGCACCAGGGGGCACGUUCGUUCUCAAGCUGCUGGGCUGCUCGCUGCAGUCAACGGCGUCCCUCCUCGCCCUGCUCGCCCUCUCCUUCCGCUCCCUGCACCUCGUUCGCCUGCGCUCCUCCCGCGCCUGCAACGCCGAGCGAUACGUGGUGGCCCGGGGGUUCAAGGGGAGGGGCGCGGGGCCCCACAAAGCGCAAGAAGAUGGGGCGGCUGACAAGGCAACUGAGAUGUCAAAUGGAGCUGGAACGCACAACAUGCCUGAUGCACAGAGGAGUAGAUCACACACCUCACCUUCACCUACCGACUCUCCCUCCUCUCGCACCCCCCUCUCUCCCUCCCGCAUUCUCCUCGAAUUGGAGUGCAUAGCUAAGCAGUGGGAGACGCUGCCUGCUCCCCUCUCCCCUCUCCUCGCUCCCUCACUCACUCUCCCCUUCUCAGACUCCUUCCUCCGCCCCCUCCUCUCCUUUGAGGCAUGCAUGCAGCAGCAGCAGGCAGAGGCGAUGGGCACGGCGUUGCUUGAAGGGGAGCAGCUGGCAGAGGGGAUACCGAGGGGGCCGGCAAGGAAGAGCAAGUGUUACAGGACGAGGAGGUUGCUUUGGAGGGAGGAAGAGGAGAGGAGGAGGAGAGCGUGUUUGCUGGCUAGGGGGCUGGGGUUGGACGUAAAAGAGGGGAUGGAAUGAGUGUGAAUAAUCUUGGAUGUGUAGACCACGCAUGCAUUUCGUGCAGGCGAGCGCUGCUUACAGGGGAGCAGAUUUUAGAGGGGAUAUUGAGGGGGGCGGCAAGGAAGUGCAAGUGUUACAGGACGAGGAGGUUGCUGUGGCGGGAGGAAGAGGGGAUGAAGGAGAGAGCGCGUUUGCUGGCUAAGGGCGUAUUCCUGUGAACCAGGAUCAGGAUAAGAAUCGUGCGGUACUGUGCGGUGCAAGAGCUGAAUCACGUUUCAGUGCGGUUCAUAUUGGUUAUGCGCGAGUCUGAUCCUGAUCUCGCUGCAUAGGAAUAUGCCCUGAAGGGCUCGGUUUGGGCGUGAAGGAGGGGAUGGAGUGAGUGUGAGUAUGCAUGUGUUGUGUAUAUGUGUGAAUAGGCCGGAAUUUUGGCGUGGGUAGGCAUGUGUGUGUGCGUGCUCGUCAUGUGUGUUAUGCAGUGUGAAUCAGCAUGUGUGCAUCUAUGUGAAUAGUGUU